AUGGCCACCACCGUCCAGCCCCACUCCCCGGACCCAACAGCCAUCACCACCACCCCUGCCCCACCCCCUCCCCCUUCUCCACCUCGCCAGGAGAACCCGACCGCCGCGGGGGAAGGCGUAGAGAUCGCGGCGCUCGAUGAGCAGCCUGCCGCCGUCGCCGUCGCCGACAAGGGGAAGACGGCCCCCGGCGGCGGGAAGCUGGUGGCGGAGGCCAUGCGCAAGUGCGCGGCGCCCCGGUCGUCGCGCUACCACGGCGUGACGAGGCUCAAGUGGAGCGGCAAGUACGAGGCACACCUCUGGGACAACACCAGCCAGGUUGAGGGGCGCAAGCGCAAGGGCAAGCAUGUGUACUUGGGAAGCUAUGUUACUGAAGAGAAUGCUGCAAGGGCACAUGACCUUGCAGCCCUGAAAUAUUGGGGCAUAACUCAACCCACCAAACUAAACUUCAAUAUUUCUGAUUAUGCAAAAGAAAUUGAGAUCAUGAAGAGCAUGAAUCAAGAUGAAUUUGUGGCCUACAUAAGGAGGCAGAGUAGUUGUUUCUCAAGAGGAACAUCGUCAUACAGGGGUGUAACAAGACGAAAGGAUGGUAAAUGGCAAGCACGUAUUGGUAGGAUUGGUGAGAGUAGAGACACUAAAGACAUCUAUCUUGGGACCUUUGAAACUGAAGUGGAGGCAGCUGAAGCGUAUGACCUAGCAGCAAUUCAGCUCCGUGGUGUUCAUGCUGUGACCAACUUUGAUAUCAGCAACUACUCCGAAGAAGGUUUGAAGAAACUAGAAGGCUCAUCCGAGGUAGUGAACCUGGAGGACCAAUCAGAAGUCACUAAGUUAGCUGUGACCAACUUGGAUAUUAGCCAACACUGCGAAGAUGGUUUGAAGAAACUAGAUGGCGCAUCCCAGAUAGUGAACCUGGAGGACCAAUCAGAAGUCACCAAGUUAUCUGUGACCAACUUUGAUAUUAGCAACUGCUGUGAAGAUGGUUUGAAGAAACUAGAUGGCGCAUCCCAGAUAGUGAACCUGGAGGACCAAUCAGAAGUCACCAAGUUAUCUGUGACUAACUUUGAUAUUAGCAACUGCUGUGAAGAUGGUUUGAAGAAACUAGAAGGCUCAUCCGAGGUAGCGAACCUGGAGGACCAAUCAGAAGUCACAAAGUUAGCUGGACAAUAG